ACGACUCGUUUGCUAUUGGAUGGAUGAUCUAUUGUUGAACACAAGUAUAUAUAGGAGAGAUACCUCACUCUACAAACAUCACACAAAAAUAGGAUUCCAUCUUCAAUUUCAUCAUACCUCAUGGCGGCUGGUAUGUCUGUUUUACUCUCUAAUUCCCGCCUUUUUUCCUCUCUAGUCAAUCCACUCCUAUUGCGUUUCUUGACGAUCUCCUUGCACUUGAUUUUGUUUUUCAUUGUACUCGUUUCGUGGCUUCACAAGAAAUUUAGGAGAAACGACGAAGAAAACCAUAAACAUAGGGGUCGAAGAAAUAGCAAUGUCUCAUACUACAAAACAACCCUUUUCUCCUCUUUAGGCCUUUCACUCUCCAAUCUCACUCUAUGCCUUUUAAACCUCUUCUAUUGGUAUGCAAAUGGCUGGAGUGAUGAAAAGAUCCUAACUUUAUCAGACUUGGCUGUCAAAACACUUUCUUGGUUGUGUCUCUUUCUCUUCUUGCAUGUCUGUUUCUCGAAUUCGAAAGAAAGCAAGUAUCCCCUCAUUCUGAGGCUUUGGUGGGGGCUGUUCUUUUGCGUGUCUUGUUAUUGCCUAGUAACAGACGUUCUUUAUUUCCAAAAAGCCAAAAAUUUGUCGACUCUGUUUUGGGCCUCUGAUGUUGUUUCAGUCCUUAUGAGUAUAGUGUUCUGUUUCACUGGGUUUUGGGGUGGGAAAAAGGAGGAUGAGAACACUAUCCUUGAAGAACCCCUUUUGCAUUAUGGGUCUAGAAAUGGUAUAGAGCCUGAGACGCCGGCCAAAGGGGACGAGACUGUGACCCCUUAUGGCAGUGCUGGUGUUUAUAGUCUCUUUACUUUCUCGUGGAUGAGUCCUUUAAUCGCGAAAGGGUACAAGAAAACCUUAGAUCUCGAGGAUGUUCCUCAGCUUGCCGGCUUGGACACUACUAGAGAGGCGUUUCCAGUUUUGAAUAAUAAGCUGGAGUCCUAUAGUGGAGGAAGUAAACGAGUCACUGCGGCCAUGCUGGCAAAGGGGUUGCUCUUUACCGCUUGGAGGGAAGUUGUGAUUUCUGCUAUCUGUGUGUUGAUUUACACGUUGGCUUCUUAUGUUGGCCCUUACCUCAUUGACAUCUUUGUCCAGUACUUGAAUGGAAGUACACAUUUUGCAAAUGAGGGCUAUAUAUUAGUUUCUGCAUUUACCAUUGCAAAGAUGUUCGAGUGCUUUGCACAGAGACAUUGGUUUUUCAGGGUUCAACAGGGGGGUUAUAGGGCAAGAGCUGCAUUAGUUGCCAAAAUAUAUAAUAAGGGAUUGACGCUUUCAUGUCAAUCUAAGAAUGAACAUACAACAGGGGAAAUUAUUAAUUUCAUGGCAGUUGAUGCUGAGAGGAUAGGUGAAUUCGGUUGGUAUAUGCAUGAUCCAUGGAUGGUGAUUCUGCAGGUCGUCUUAGCAUUAAUUAUAUUGUAUAAAGAUCUAGGGCUUGCUUCAAUAGCUGCACUUGCUGCUACUGUUGUUGUCAUGCUAGCAAAUGUCCCACUUGGGAAAUUGCAAGAGAAAUUUCAGGACGGGCUAAUGAAAUCUAAAGAUAAAAGGAUGAAGGCAACUUCGGAAGUCUUAAGGAACAUGAGAAUCCUUAAACUUCAGGCAUGGGAGUUGAGGUUUCUCUCUAGAAUUCAGGAACUUAGGAGUGUAGAAACCAGGUGGUUGGCAAGAUACCUUUAUACCACAGCGUUCACUACUUUUCUCUUUUGGGGUGCUCCUACGUUCGUGUCUAUGGUAACUUUUGGUGCUUGUAUGUUGAUGGGAAUCCCACUCGAGUCAGGAAAGAUAUUAUCUGCGUUGGCAACCUUUAGGAUUCUUCAAGAGCCAAUUUACAGUCUACCAGAUACAAUAUCCAUGAUUGUUCAGGCCAAAGUUUCUCUGGAUCGAAUUGCGUCAUUCCUUUCUCUUGACGACCUGCCACCAGAUGUUGUGGAGAAGCUUCCAGUUGGUAGUUCUGAUAUUGCCAUCGAGGUAGUAGAUGGAAACUUUUCUUGGGAAUCAUCUUCUUCUAGUCCUACAUUGAGUGAUAUUAAUUUUAGAGUGUCGCGUGGAAUGAGGGUUGCAGUUUGUGGCAUGGUUGGUUCUGGCAAGUCUAGCUUACUUUCUAGUGUUUUGGGGGAAAUACCAAAAAUAUCUGGAAAAGUUAGUCUUUCAGGAACAAAAGCUUAUGUUGCUCAGUCGGCUUGGAUACAAAGCGGAAAAAUAGAAGAAAAUAUAUUGUUCGGUAAGGAAAUGGAUAAACAACGAUACAAUAGGGUCCUUGAAGCAUGCUCGCUGAAUAAAGACCUGGAGAUUCUACCUUUUGGGGAUCAAACUGUUAUUGGUGAGAGGGGAAUCAACAUGAGUGGUGGACAGAAGCAGAGGAUACAGAUUGCGCGAGCUCUUUACCAAGAUGCCGAUAUUUAUAUAUUUGAUGAUCCAUUCAGUGCUGUGGAUGCACAUACAGGCACUCAUCUUUUCAAUGAAUGCAUCAUGGGGCUUCUGAAUUCUAAAACCAUUAUUUAUGUUACUCAUCAAGUCGAGUUUCUGCCUGCUGCUGACCUAAUUCUGGUUAUGAAAGAAGGACAGAUUAAACAAGCGGGCAGGUACAACGAUAUUCUCAAAUCAGGAAGCGAUUUCAUGGAACUUGUUGGUGCACACGAGGAGGCUUUAUCAGCUCUCGACUCUAUUAGUACCGAGAAAUCAGAGAAUGGUGAGGGAAGUAGCUCUGCAAAUAUUAAGCCUGUUUUGCAGAGACAGGAAUCUAAGAAACAUGGAAAUGAUAACAAGAAUGAGGAAACAAAGGGCCAGCUUGUUCAAGAUGAAGAAAGAGUGAAAGGAAGUGUUGGACUGUCAGUUUAUUGGAACUAUAUUACAACAUCGUAUGGCGGACUCCUGGCACUCAUUGCUUUGCUAGCUCAGGUUGCAUUUCAGGUACUUCAAAUUGGAAGCAAUUAUUGGAUGGCAUGGGCAACUCCUGUCUCCAAGGAUGAAGCACCUCCAGUUGGAGGCUCUACCCUUAUCCUCGUCUAUGUUGCUCUGUCUGUUGGAAGUUCUUUUUGCGUUUUGGGAAGGUCAAUAUCUGUUGUGACCAUGACCUACAAGACUGCAAAGAUACUCUUCAACAAGAUGCACCUCUGCAUAUUCCGUGCACCCAUGUCUUUCUUUGAUUCCACUCCAAGUGGGCGGAUUUUGAAUAGAGUAUCUACGGACCAAAGCGCUGUUGAUUUGAACAUGGGUAUCAUUGCACAUUUCUCUUUUUCCGUGAUUCAGCUUCUAGGAGUUGUUGCUGUCAUGACGCAAGUAGCUUGGCAGGUCUUCAUCAUUUUCAUUCCAGUAAUUGCAAUUUGCAUAUUGUUGCAGCGUUAUUACAUAGCUGCUGCACGAGAACUUUCCCGACUUUGUGGAGUGAGCAAAGCUCCAGUCAUACAACACUUCUCAGAAACACUAUCCGGAGCAAUCACCAUUAGAAGUUUUGAUCAAGAAUCUCAAUUCCGAGACAUUAGCUUGAGGCUGAUAGAUGGAUAUUCACGACCAAAGUUUCAUACAGCUGGUGCGAUGGAAUGGCUAUGCCUUCGUCUGGAUGUGUUGUCUCUCAUGACGUUUACCUGUGCACUGAUUUUCCUGAUUACACUUCCAGAGGGAACUAUUGAUCCAAGUAUUGCUGGUUUAGCCGUGACUUAUGGCCUCAAUUUAAAUAUGUUUCAAGCCUGGGUUGUUUGGAACCUUUGCUUUAUGGAGAACAGAAUCAUAUCUGUUGAAAGAAUACUUCAAUAUACUUCACUUCCAAGUGAGCCUCCUCUUGUCAUAGAGUCGAACAGGCCGCAGAGUUGCUGGCCUACCCAAGGAGAAGUUAAUAUCCAAGACCUUCAGGUUCGUUACGGUCCUCACUUGCCCUUCGUGCUUCGAGGCCUAACAUGUACUUUCUUUGGAGGGAAGAGGACUGGUAUAGUAGGAAGAACAGGAAGUGGCAAAUCAACCCUUAUUCAGACUCUCUUCCGAAUAGUUGAACCAACAGUCGGACAGAUACUGAUCGAUGGGAUCAAUAUCUCAGCUAUUGGACUUCAUGAUCUACGAUCCAAGUUGAGCAUAAUUCCACAGGAUCCAACAAUGUUUGAGGGAACUGUUCGAACUAACCUCGACCCCCUUGAAGAGUAUACUGAUGAGCAGAUAUGGGAGGCUCUUGACAAAUGCCAGCUUGGUGAUGAGGUCAGGAAAAAGCCAGAGAAGCUUGAUUUUGCAGUGUCUGAGAAUGGAGAGAACUGGAGCGUGGGACAAAGGCAGCUGGUUUGCCUCGGGCGCGUGGUCCUGAAGAAAAGUAAGGUUCUUGUGCUCGAUGAGGCAACAGCGUCUGUUGACACAGCAACUGAUAACCUGAUCCAACAGACCCUGAGGAACCAUUUCUGUGACUCCACAGUUAUAACGAUUGCACACAGGAUAACGUCGGUGCUUGACAGCGAUAUGGUUGUGCUGUUAGAUAACGGAUUGCUCAAGGAAUACGAGACGCCUGAGAAGCUGUUGGAGGAUAAGUCGUCUCUGUUUGCGAAGCUGGUGGCAGAAUACAGCAUCAGAUCAAGCUCUAGUGUUGAACAUCUUUCUUCUUUUGCAUGACGAUGAUGACGACAACGACGACGAUGAUGGAACUUGUCUAUAAUUCAUACAAGUUUUCUUUUGUUUUUGUUUAGGCAGAGCAGGCCCCAUAAGUUCUUGCACGAUUUACUAAUGAUAGUAGUAUUAUUGUACUGUUUGAUGAACUCUUUUUGAUGUCGAAAUGAUAAAUCUCUUAUUAUUGAUA